UCGAGGGAUAUCAAUGAGGUUCGAGCCUACUGAAUACUGGCCAUUCGUCUUAGGACCUUACAGCGUAAUUGCCCAGCAUGUAUCUUCUCGGAGUGCACUUACCCGAUCACAAGCUCGUCAGGAUCGCCCUGCAGAACUUCUAUGGGAUCUCAGAUGCGACGGCGAAGCGACUAUGCGCUCGCUUGUACCUGCACGAUAACGCCAAGGUUUCGCACCUGACAGAGUCGCAGGUGACAGAAUUAUCGGCGUACCUUUCUUCCCCUGGCUCCAUCCCAGCACGGAAGCCGACGCCCACAUCGCCAUAUCCCGUUACAGCGCAGUUCAGAUCAUCAUCAUCAGCGCCAGCUUCCUCUUCCGCAAGUGGCUCUGCAAGCAGCAAGCCGAAUGAUCCAAUGCUGCUACCUCCUUCGCAGCGGCCAUCACCUGCAAUGGACCCGUUACGCUCAAUCGUAAUCGAAUCAGAUCUCAAAAGGCAGAUGCAGGAGAACGUUUUUCACCACAAGACUGUUGGAAGCUACAAGGGCAGGAGGCACGCCGGGGGGUUCCCAGUGCGGGGACAGAGGACGCAGAGCAACGCCCAGACGGCGCGGAAGCUGAAUCGCAUCGAGCGCAGGCAGAUGUCUACUACAUCCAUUGCGAGCGCCUGCACAGCUUUUGCGCGGAAUGGAGAUGUGCUUGGAGCAGGAAUAUCUGGCUCUGUGCAAGUCACGUCAGGGAGAGCGUCAAGCGUCAUCCUCGCUGCGAUACCGCCUUCUCGUUUCGGUGCGCGCUGAACCCUGCAACGCUGUUCGCCACACCACGCUCAUCUCUCCCGUCACGCAAUCUUCCACAACCAUUGCACACAUUUUGUAUUCAUACACUCGGCAGCAGUACAUACAUACUCUCAUCAGACGCUAUCAAGG